UGAAAGUGACAGACGUCAAACCAAAACAACUUUUUUCAAGUGUUUUUAAAGUUAAUACAACUUUUGAUUUGUUUUGUGUUUUGUCCAUUUAUCCCUCAUUCUAAACUAUAAUUAAGUUAGAUUUUGUGUAAACAGUUACUAUCGGAUUUAUCCUGAUUAAGCAUACCUACUUAAUUAAAAACAAAUUAACCUCAAACAUAAAAAAUGAGCCGCCCUUUACGAGCCCUCAUUGGACCGUCAAUCCUGAACUCUGACCUCUCGAAGCUUUACGAAGAAUCUCAGAAACUGCUGGACAACGGCGCGGACUACUUGCAUCUGGACGUGAUGGACGGUCACUUUGUGCCUAACCUCACUUUCGGUCAUCCAGUGGUCAAGUGCCUGCGUUCCAAAAUCAAGGAAGCCUUUUUUGAAACUCACAUGAUGGUUUCUAACCCUGAACAGUGGAUAGCUCCGAUGGCAGAUGCAGGUGUAGAUCAGUACACAUUCCACAUUGAGCCGGUGCCAGACAUUGAGAAGGUCUGCAGAAAAAUCAAAGAAAGUGGCAUGAAGGUGGGAUUAGCUCUAAAACCUGGGACACCAUUAUCUGAUGUAGAAAAGUACAUAUCAAUAGCAGACAUGGUUCUUAUUAUGACAGUGGAGCCAGGGUUUGGAGGGCAGAAGUUUAUGGAAAAUCAGAUGCCUAAAGUACAGUGGCUUAGAGAACAUUAUCCCUUGCUGAACAUUGAGGUGGAUGGUGGAGUAGGACCCUCUACUAUUGAAUGCUGUGCCAAAGCUGGAGCUAACAUGAUUGUAUCGGGCACUGCAGUCAUUGGUGCCCAAGAUCAGGCUGCCACAAUUAAACUUCUAAGGGAUACAGUACAAAAAUCUAUCCAGUGAUCAACAUCUUAUUUCUGGAUCUAAGUUACAUUCAUAAGUACAUUCCUAAGCACAACAUUGUUAUGUAGUUAGUAAGAGAAUCAAAGGGCUAUUUUUUUAUAUGGGGUUUACAAAUAAAAUAAGACAAUCUAUUCUUAAA